AUGGGGUGCAACAUGAGUCGUCUCGCCAAGGCGCCGAUCUCUGUGGUCCGAAUAAUCCUUCCCUCAAUUUUUCCCAGAAUCGCAGAGAACAAAUCGAGAGCAGAGACGGAAGGAAAGGGGGCGUCCUCAAUGGCCAUCUCGGCCGUGCUCGACAACGACGACCUUCUCUACGAGAUCCUCCUCCGCCUCGCCUUCCCCACAAGCCUUGUCCGCGCCGCUCUCGUCUGCAAGCGCUGGCUCGCCCUCGCCUCCGCGCCCGCCUUCCUCCGCCGCUUCCGCGACCUCCACCCGCCCAGCCUCCUUGGCUUCUACGUCGAAACCGAGGGCACCUACCCCCCAAAGUUCGUGCCGUUACCUCAGCCCCCCGAGCUCGCCGCCGUCAUCUCCCGUGCUAGCUUCGAUUUGGACUCCUUGAGCAGAGACAAGUUCGACGUGGAAUACUGCAAUAGCCUGCUCAUCCUCCACACCGCACACAAGACAAGGGUGCGAUGUUCCCUGUACCCUGCGAGGUACACGGCCGUCCUCCCAACCUUCCGGGGCACGAGCAUCCAUGACGACAGUUUAACGUAUCACGAGCAUGAAAUCCUCGCCAAAGCCGGCGGUGGCGCAGGGGAUGGCCUGUCCUACUUCUGCUUGGCAAUGGGUUAUAAAGAGCAGCACACAGUUAUGGACGUGUAUGUGCUACAGGACGGUGUAUGGGCCAUCCACUCUUCCGUUGUAACUCAAGUCCCUAAAAUUGAACUGCAACUGCCUCGUACUUUGCUUGGUGACACUAAGAUCUAUAAUUCGGCCUCUGUGAACGACAGGCAUAAGCUGGUCGUGCUAGAUCUUGUGUCCUCAUCAUUGUCACUUUUGGACUUGCCAGAAGAGAUGUUGCCGUUAAGCUUCGAGCUCUCGCUUACCGAUGAUUCUCAUCUUCAUCUGAUCCAUGUAAAGGGAUCUCAGCUUCACAUCUGGCUCCACCAGAUGGAUGGCAAUGGCCUAUCCAGCUGGUUCCUCGAGGGUACCAUUUGCUUGCAUGAGAUAUGUGCUAAUUCCAUGCUACCAAAUUGCAUCUUGAAGGAUGCUAACGUGGAGGCGGUUGGGGGAAAUUCUCGGUUUGUUUUCAUGGAGGCAGAUGAUGUCCUAUACCUGUUUGAUAUUAAGAACAAGGCGGCAAAGAAGGUUUACGAGAUUACGCCAGAGGCUAAAUCUUUGGAUUGUGUCAUUCCUAUUAUGAUGGUUUGGCCUCCUAAAUUCCCUGUCAUGAUGGAAAGAUGCGAUCCAAAAUAA